CUUACAUGUAUGCGCCUUUGUUGUAUUUUUUUUAAAUGUAUAGAUAUUGGUGAUUAAAUGGACAUUGUGUGUCUCAGUACGAUAAAAUAUAGAUCUCAUGUUGUACCCUCACUAAAUAAACCAAAAGCACAGCACUUCCUUCACAUUCACUGUUAAAGCAUGACACAUUUCACCUGAGUGGAUCCUUGUUGGAUUGUGAAGGAUUUAUUCUGGUGAAAAGUGAUCAUGUCUAAAUCUAUGGUUUGCUGGUUCAAGCUGGUUUAAUUAUCAGUAAUUAAAGAAAGGCUCAGAGGGUAAGCAGUUACAAUAAUUAAUUGUGUUAUCAGAUAUUAUAAUGGAAAUCAAGGGUCUUCAACAGGAGGUCCGUGGUGGUACUGCAGGGGGUCUGAAAAUUGGUGAGCCACUAUUGGUGGCAUUUGUAAUAAUCACUCACUUGCACAGGAGCGACAGCGAGAGACAGGAGUAUGAAUUAUCGACAUGUUGAAGUCCUUCGCAUCUGCAUGUCAAAUCUUAAAGUGUGACCAAACAGCGCUAGACAGCAGAAGCGCGCAGCCCAGACAAACUCUUCACACGACCACUGCUCAUCACGAGCCGCUCAAAGCGCGACACACAUCAGGUUCAGCAGUGCUGCAGUGGAGGGUCGCGUGAGUAAACGCAUCUGCUUUGUGUUGGUUGAGCAGAUGACGGCCUGCUUUCAGAACAAUACAAUACUUGCCUGGUGUAAAUAAAUAGUUACCGCUGAGAUUAUCGUGCUGGCAUACACGGUCCUUAACUUUCCACACACACAAGACGGUGACUCUCAAAUCAACAUAAUUCAAGGUGCACACUUUUUAGCUUGUCAGGCUGGGAGACCAGCUAAAACCAUCCUGACCAGCCAAGACCACCCUGAGCAGCUAAGACCAUCCUGACCAGCUAAGACCAUCCUGACCAGCUAAGGCCAGCUAAAAAAAGGGUUCAAAACCCCUUUAAAACCAGGCUGACCAGCUAUGACCAGGCUGGGCGACCAGCUAAAACCAGCCAACCAGUUUAUGCUGGUUUUAGCUGUUCUUUUCAUCAGGGCAGCAUUUAGUGAUUAUUUCAAUGGCUUUGCAAUGUAAACAUCAUAAAGUAUACAUACAAUAAUAUGGUAGCCUACCAUCCACGUUUUUAUAGGCAUAAAACACAACACUCGAUUUUAUACAAUAUGUAACUGGGGUCCCGGCUCCAUCUCUCUACCCACCAAGGGGUCGGCCUGAAAAUGGUUGAAGACCCCUGAUAUAUGUGGUUUUAUAUUGUUUUUUGUCACUUUGAUCUAUUGGGUGUCAAUCUGUCAAUUUGUCUCAUAGAGUAUUAUUGAAAAAUAACUGCAUGAAUGUGUUGUUUUUGAUAGUUUGGUUUUCGUCUAAAAUGGCAUUACAUUAUGCAUUGGUCAAUGCCAUGUAGAGGAAUACAGUGUAUUCCAAAAUUCUCCUCGUCAUGUUUUCUGGAAAUGAUCUCUGAAUUUUAAUACAUGUAUAAAGCUGAAUUGUUCUUUUAUGUUAAAGCCACUUUGAGGAAAAAGAAGGAUGAUCAGCUUUCAGAUAAUGAGGGUCUAAAGAAGAGGAUUGUAUUUCAAGUCACACUAAAUAAAGUGGAUGAGGUUGUGCCGCCUCAGAAACCCAUAUGGGACAACUCAAAUGCAGAUGUAAGGGUGGCGGCAGUCAAACCACGCCCGACUAGCAAAUGUUUCGCAGUCAACCCUGAAAUGAAUUCUCUCUGCAAUAGUCAGGAUACAGCUGUAGACUCGCUACCACAGCCAGUGAGUCCUAGAGGCCCCUACCUGGGUGUGCCAAAAGGAACCAUACGAAGACAAACAUCUAUAGGUGUAACUGAAGAAGAGAAGCAGUUCCUCACUCCUCCAAUGUUGAAAUUUACUAGAAGCCUUUCAAUGCCUGACACAUCAGAAGAUAUUCCACCCCCACCAGCCAUCUCCCCUCCAUCUCCACCUCAUAAUAAUGUUCCUGUCCAAGCCGGUCGAGGCUAUGGCACAAUCAGGUCAGGUUUUACCUCCCAGAGUCCAAAUGCAAACAGCACAGCCCCAGACAGAGGUGAAGGUCCUGGGUGGAGAGAUCAGGGCAUGUAUUAUCGAGACAGCCCUGAGAAAUAUGAUUCUGAGGGGUACAAUCACAGCCCAACGGCCCAGCAGAGCCUUCAUAUGCGCCGUGCCCAGAUCCCUGAGAAUCCUUACUCAGAUGUGGGUAAGAUGGGACAAGCUGGACUUUUUGUUCCCAACAAACCUGCCAGAAGAAAGGGCAUGCUUGUGAAGCAGUCCAAUGUGGAGGACAGUCCUGAGAAAACUUGUUCUAUCCCAAUUCCAACCAUAAUAAUCAAAGAGCCAUCGACCAGCAGCAGUGGCAAGAGCAGCCAGGGAAGCAGUAUGGAAAUCGAGACGACAACACCAGACCACCCUGGGCAGCUACGUCCUGAAGAUGGCCUAAAUUCAGGCAGCCCCUUUGCAGCUGCCAUUGCCGGAGCAGUCAGAGACAGGGAGAAGAGGCUUGAUGUGCAUCGGAACUCUCCAUCUUUUAAGUCCACAGAUGCAGGUGAUGAGGACGUGGCACCAACACCAGCCCCACGUCUCCGACACUCAAAGUCUAUCGAUGAAGGUAUGUUUAGUAGUGAUGAGCGGUUGCGUAGGCUUAUGGCACCUCCCUCAUCACUGCUUAGCAUUCCUAGAGGUGGUGGCAACGUGACAGACUUCAACAGCCCUGAGCCCACCAUGGUACGGGAACUGUUGAAUACACGUACAGGACACAGCCCAAUUAGCUUGCCUGCUCAUAAGACCUACAGCUCAGGGGGCGGGAAUUAUGUUCAUCCGGUUACAGGCAAGCCACUAGACCCCAAUUCACCAUUAGCUUUAGCAUUAGCAGCCCGUGACAGAGCCAUGAGGGAGCAAUCACAACCUCUUCCACUAAAGAGUGACCCAUCCAAACUUGAUCUUAAUAAACCGCUUUUCAUUGAUACUAAGCUUCGACCAAAUGUGGAAGUUGGCUUUUCGAGUACCGCCACAAUGGGUCGUCCCCGUGGAGGCCUGCGGCGGCAGAUGACGGAGUCCAAAUAUGAGACCGAAUCCAAGUAUCAGCUCGAUUUAGGCAAGCCAGAGAAGAGGCCUGAGGAGAAGAAGAACAUGCUCAUUGACAUCGUGGACACCUCACAGCAGAAGUCAGCUGGUCUGCUGAUGGUACACACCACAGAUGGGGCAAAAUCAGAGGAUAACAGCUUGUCAGAGGGUGACAGGAAUGAUGCAGUGAGUCCCGACAACACCCCCGGGGAGCUUCGGGACCCCAACCAGCCAGCUCCCAACAACCCCCCGACUCCCAAACCACUAUCAGCUGCUCCACACGGCAAGACCAUCAUAACUGUUAGCUCGGUGGACGAGCCUGUCAAGCUGCCCUUCGGCAUCCCUCCACCACCCUUAGCCUCUGUCGACAUUGAUGAAGAGUUUGUGUUCGCUGAACCUUUGCCACCCCCACUGGAGUUUGCCAACAGUUUUGACAUUCCUGAGGACCAAGCGGGAACUAUAGCUGAGCUGCUGAAACAGAAAACAAAUGGUACAAAAGGGCCUUCUCUUGCUCCCUACUACCCCCCUUUAUGUAGUGGAAAUUCUGAAAUGAAAAGACCAACGGUUCUCACAAACUGCACGCCUCCCAGCUUCCCUCCAGGGCCGCUAGAGCCCUUUGAACAAAUCACUGACUCAGGCAUUGAGGUAGACAGCCGGAGCAGUGGUGACCCCCAACUGGAGACCACGAGCACGAUCUCCACUGUGUCCAGUAUCUCUACCUUGUCUUCUGAAGGUGGUGAGACCCUGGACACUUGCACUGUCUAUGCAGAUGGACAAGCCUUUUUGGUGGACAGGUCUCAAAUUCUGUCCAAGCCAAAACCGAAACCUGCCAUCAAGAGCAAUGCACUUUACAAGGACCCUUUGCCUGAGGAGAAUGUGAGCUCUUUCAGAAUCCCCUCUACGGUCCCACCUAUGCUCCCUGGAAGUAUUCCACCUGAGCCUUUGAAAACCCCAACGCAAAGGACCUCAAAGCUUUGGGGCGACCCUCUGGAGAUGAAAGGCCCCGAAGCCAAGCCCCAUGGAAUGAGUGAGCUGAAUUCAGUCCUGCACUAUGUGAACAAGGACAAAGCACCAAAGCCAGGGGAAGCAUUAGACUCUCCAACGGGAUCCAGGACUCACUUCGGAACGAGAAAUCAGGAUGGUGUAUCCCUCAUCUCAGGUACACAGCAGAACACCACCGUUACCUUCACUGCCCAGCCUGGCCCCAAUGUGCCUGCCCCAUCACCGUGCCGUCAGGCCGAGAGCCUGCCCCCCCACCACCGCGCCCCAAGCCCUAUAAUGUCCCCUCCAGACUCUGGCCUCAGUUGUGCCUCUUCUCUCCCAACCUCAGCCACUUCCCCCACUAUGACAGACGUCUUCGGUCUGCCCACUCCGCCCCUCAGCCUGGGCACAGGGUGUAGCCGCUCCCCUUCCCCCCUCACCCUCAUCCAGGCCGCAUCAAGCAAGCCCUUCGCCACCAAACCUGUCCUUAUGUGGAGCAAGCAGGACGUGGCCGAUUGGCUCGAGAGCUUGAACCUGGGUGAGCACAGGGAUGCCUUUAUGGACAACGACAUCGAGGGCAGCCACUUGCCUAACCUGCAAAAAGAGGAUCUGAUCGACUUGGGCGUGACCCGUGUGGGUCACCGAAUGAACAUCGAGCGGGCACUGAAAGUACUCUUGGACAGAUGAGACUGGGCGAGACGUCCUCACCGGGACUUGACGCGUCUUGUUCAUAAGCUUUGUUUCCUUCUUCCCUUAUUUUGGUUUAAAACUUUGUUGUCCUAUCAUGCUUUCGGUGGAUUUUAGGGACUCUCUCAUCCUGAAGAAACUCCAGUUUUGACAAACCAUUCGAAAUAUCCGUGCAAGCACAAGCGGUUCCCUAUAAUUCUGUUCCAAGAGCUCCAGCACCAGAGAGAACAUUGAAGCCAACACACUGUAUGGAGUCUACAAACCUGAGCUGACUUAUUUGGCUUUUAAGGACUUUGGCCUCCUUUGAAUGCACUGAAACCAGCAGAGCUGGGGAUCUAUUUUCUAUCUUUGCUAAGACAAUUCUACAGAGAAUAUUUCUUCAGGAAAAAGGGAACCUUUGUCUAUGUAUCAGCUGCCUAUAAAAUAUCUUGCUUUUUUCUCCUACUACACCUUUGACCAAGAGGUACACUAAUCUCUAAGAUGGGUGGACAUAAAGUCAUGUCCCUCAGUUCAUUCUCUUACAGUCCUAGAAUGGGCGUGGUCACUUGAAACAGAGGUCAAUUCUCCCUACGUGUGAACAAACGUAACAGUAGCAAGCAGCAGGUCUCUCCACCAUCUUAAUCUUUUGCGUCUUUGAAUACGCUAACAUUGGGUGUUUGUCUGAAUGAUCAAAAUUCUCUUGGGUCUUUUUGAAUUGUGAUUUACUCUUAGGUGUCUUCCAUAUGGUAAGGAGGUCUAUGGCAUUCCCACCAACAUUUUAUUUGAACCUUCGAUCAACACUAGGUUGCUCUGUAGCUCAGUGUUGCCAACACUCUGUGUUGCCAACUAUUUUCCAGCUGUUUUCACUAGAACUAAAAAAUGGGUCUUUGCAGGAACACAUAAAGUUGUUGAUGUAUACUGAAAUAUGGAGAUUUGGUGAACAUAAAUGAUGUGAAUUAAAACGAUUAUUUAACAUCUUUGAGUUGACUGCUGACACAAUCACUCUGUAAAAGGGCCAGUAUGUAUGUUUUUUACUUUAAAUAUGUCCGACUCUUAAUAAUUUAACUACUGUUGUUUUUUUCCCUAAUGAUAAUUCACUAGAUCACUUGGAUGGUGGAUGGUAAAAAUAAGGUCCAGAACGAUAUAGGAAACCUCCUUGAUCUAUACAUAUCAAUGUCGUCAAUUGUAAAUGGUACAGGAUAUGACUUCAUAUCUGUUAAUUGUUGAGGAGUAGGCUACUUUUAUUUUUGUUUGACAUUUGAUUUGGGUGAAAAUUCAUUUUAUUGUUUUAUUUUUAUUAUUAUUAUUAUUAAUUCUUUUUUAUAACUUUUCUUUACUGCUUCAACCUUUAGCAGUUUUUAAGUGUCCACAAUCUAAACAUUAAUUUUCCUGAUUAAUAGCACACAGCUUCAAAUCAAAGUGCUUUUUCUUUUCAUUUAUUUCAUGCAAAACUUUUGAUAGCACCACCUCCACAGGGCCUUGGCACGACAAAUGGGGAAACUUUAGAUUUUGCUGUCAUAUUUAGUUUUUUAUUUGAUCUAAACAUGUAACUGUGAUGUGAGCCUAUCCAUGUUACAGUCUGACACACCACAACAUCUCUUGGUUAGUUGUGAUUUUAUUGUCAUUUAGACACUUGUCUCUCAGUCAGUUUUUAAAGAUUUUAUUCAAUUUUAUUGGACUAUAAAUGCCAUAUUAAUAACCCCACAGCCAUUUCUGUUUAAAUAUUCCAUAACUACACAGACAUGGGAUAAGAUUAAUAUUAAAAUAGUUGUAUGGUUGAAACAUUCUUUUACCACACACAAAGAGACCAUGAGCCAGCAUUAUACAAUGUCACCAGUACUAAGUUUGAAACACUGUGGGUAAUUUCAGAACUGAGGGAAAAGUAAUAGAUGUUGAGAGUGCCUGUGAAUAAAAUAAAGGUAUGAUGACCGUUUAAAGUAUGCAGUGAAGAGAUUAAGAAAUAAAAAUUAUAUAUGUAUGCUCAUCUCUUGACCUUAGAGGAGCUAGAGUUAUCAUCUCUAUAUAUCUUAUUUUAGGAAACAGCACAGUAUUUUAAAGAUUUAUAGAAAUAUUUAUGAAAUUUUUAUGACAUUUAACUCUGAUAUGUGGUGUGCCAAAAAUCUAUGUGGUAUCAGUUAAGAAGCAAUACACAAACUUAUAAAGAACACUGUUUGGGUUUUCUUUGCGAGUAUUCCACAGUACAGUAUAUAAUAUUAUGAAAUGCAAUUUACAUAUACAUAGGUCUCAAUGAAUUAGAAGAUAUGAAAAUGAGAUAAUGGCUGUCUCCUGCUUCUUUUAGAUUAUGUAAUUAAAGAAAGAAGUUAAAAUGUA